AUGACACCCUUCCCUAGGGCAGGCUUGAACAGGCCUUCCUCCUGGGACACUUGGGGGUCUCUGAGGCGUUUUGGACACUGCUCAGAGGACGACGUCGAUCCCGACCAACAUUGGCUGACGUGGGUGGAAUGUUCUCCAGCUAUGCCUUUCCUGGCCUACACCAAGGUAAAAGGUCCUUGGGCGGCACCCAGAGGUAACAAUGAAGUGCGAGGACAGCCUAGCUCCAAUCCACCUCGCGACACAAGAAUGACGAGCAGUUGCUUUUCCUAUCCUUGCCCAGUUCAAAGCCUAGGUCGGACUGGCAGGGCCAAGCGAAUACCAUGGGUGUACGUCACUCAUAAUGGGCACACAUCGCUCAACAUUGCCUCCCUGAGCGAAGAUAUCGCUACCAUACGAAACCUACUGGAAGCUGGCGCCGACGUCGACUGCACGGCAAAGGGCCACGGAUGCUCGUCGCUGCACCACGCCACCACGGCCAAAAUCAUGGCAGUCCUCCUCCAGUACAAUCCCGACGUCAACAUAGCCUAUGGCGAUGGCAAGACGACUCUCUACUCCCUCACUUCGACUACCUUGCUAGACAUGGUAGCAGCCAAGGCACUGGUCAACAUCGGGACUAAGGUUAAUCUCCAAGACAACAAAGGCCGCACGCCACUCCUCGACAUGGUGCCAAUUGUCAGCGACAGCAGUAGCCGCAGCUACAGUCUCGUUGUAGAGUACCUCCUGUCUAAGAAGGCAGACCUUAAUAUCCCGACCCUGCUCGACGUCUCACCCUUGCGCUGCGGAUCCGUGGCUUCCAGGCUGGGCUGGACAGCGCUGUGCUGGGCGGCAAGGGAGACAGCGGCGAACAGGAAGAUGGAGGUCAUUAAGCUGCUGCUGGGACAGGGAGGAAAGAGGUCUCUUAAGGUUCAAGCCUAUGAAGAGGAUGAACAGUGGACUCUCAAGGCGAUCACAACUUUCCAUGGCCUGCCGGCGACUGUGAUGGAGCUACUUGAGGGAGAGCUGGAACCGGAGGCAACACGUGGCAUGGAACGGUACAGUUCAUUACAGUGA